GAGCUUUGAUUGGAAACAAGAAGAAGAACCCUGUACACGGAAGUUCCCUUGAACUUUAUGCAUGUCAGAGAUCUUCUCCUACGCUCGCCUCUGCCUCGGUGUUUAAAUCCGGGUUUUGCUGUGACGGUGGGUGACAGCGGGAUGGCGGAGCGAGCUGUGGCGGUGUGUGGGAGAGCCCGGGCCGGCGGUGAGCUGGAAUGAGCGCACAUUAGAUCCGCGGAGCUCAGCGGUCAAUGGACACCAGGAGCUGAGGUGCAGCUGUUUGACACCUGGGUCCAGCCUCCAGUACCUGGACUGAGACAGAGACUGAGACUGAGACAGACAGAGCACAGGAGGUUUUUCCUCUAGAGACAUUUGGCUUCGUCUGUCAAGUUGCUGUCAAGGCACCAUUGAAGGAAGGCAGGAAAAAGAGGAGGCUACCAACCGACCUGUGGCCAUGGCUUCUUCCCGGCUGAAGUACCUGUCUCUGGGCGUGCUGGUGUUCCAGACCACCUCCCUGGUGCUCACCAUGCGGUACUCCCGCACCCUGCAGGCUGAGGGCCCGCGGUACCUGGCCUCCUCCGCUGUGGUGGCGGCCGAGGUCAUGAAGAUCAUCGCCUGUGUGCUGCUCGUCUUCAAGGAGCACAAUUACAGUUUAAGAGCUCUGAACAUCAUCCUGCGCCAGGAAAUCAUCCAAAAACCCAUAGAAACACUGAAGCUGGCGAUCCCCUCGGGGAUCUACACACUACAGAACAACCUGCUGUACGUCGCCCUGUCAAACCUCGACGCAGCCACAUACCAGGUGACAUACCAGCUGAAGAUCUUGACCACGGCUCUGUUCUCUGUGUCCAUGCUGGGCCGCAGGCUGGGCAUCUACCAGUGGCUCUCUCUACUCAUUCUUAUGGCAGGAGUGGCUCUCGUGCAGUGGCCCUCUGACUCUGCUGCUCCUGCAGCCAAAGAGGAGGAGGAACCGUCCACAGGCUUUAUCGGUGUGGCAGCCGUCCUGGUGGCGUGCUGCUCCAGUGGCUUCGCUGGCGUCUACUUUGAGAAGAUUCUGAAGGAGAGCAAACAGAGCGUGUGGGUCCGCAACAUCCAGCUGGGGAUGUUUGGUCUGGUGUUUGGCCUCUUUGGGAUGAUGGCUUACGACGGAGAGAGGGUGAAGGAGUCGGGAAUGUUCCAGGGCUACAAUAAAGUCACCUGGGCUGUUGUCGCGCUGCAGGCCCUAGGAGGUCUGGUCAUAGCAGCGGUCAUCAAGUAUGCAGACAACAUCCUCAAGGGCUUUGCUACGUCGCUCUCCAUCAUCAUGUCCACUGUCAUAUCGUACUUCUGGCUGCAGGACUUCGACCCCACUGGCGUGUUCUUCCUUGGGGCCAUUUUGGUCAUCAUGGCCACUUUCCUGUAUGGCUACGAGGGCAAGUCAUCCCCCAACCCCAGCAGGGCGUAGUAGGACAUUCACGGCUGACACCACCACAGCAGCUGGAGGUCCUGUUGAAGCGUGAAGACGAGGAGGAAAAGAGGACAGGGAUUUUAAAAAAAAAAAAAAAAAAAAAGAGGGGGAAAGGUCUUUAUCUUAUGUUGUGAUCGCCAAAAGGAGGAGCGGAGGAAUUGGAGGUGAGGAGGUAAGCAGGCUGGGACAGGAGAAGUGAAAAGGGAGAUUUAAAAAAAGCAAGCACAACACUGUGAUUGGUCUCAAACACCAAAAGUGCCUCAGCUGGAUGAGUAACCAGUGAGAGAAGUAAACUGGUGAAACAGGAUUGUAUGUUUUUCUGUCUUUCAUUAACUGCCGCUGUAGAGAUAAUCACGAAUCACCUCCAGAGCUGGAGAGACAUUCUCGACUGGACCGACUGAUUGUGUUUAAGAACCUGUUUGACUGCCACUCACUGAUACAUCCGAACAAUAAAAGAUUUUUAGAGGACAGACAGGCAGGAGUUUCUCAUUCUGCAGUACAACAUUUAGAUGUCGUGUGGAUGUAGCUGUCGGCUCGUUCACCUCACAGUUAUGAUAUCUAACAUUCUGACAGAUGAGUUGAUCCUUCCCAGCCGUUGCUUUCUCUAAACCUGUGUACGAUACUGCAGCAGUCUCAUGGUUUAGGGUGCGAAUGGUUGAGCUUAGCAUUGGAGCCGCGGAUGAGGUGGAUUUCUGUACAUCUGCCUCCGGGGCAAAAAACGAUCAAUCACACAAAGAUGUUGGCAUUGGAAGUCGUCAGAACCAGUGUUAUCUGAAUUAUGGUUCGCAUGGUGCCCUUUGUUCAGCUAUUUUUGGAAACAGUUUUUGUUGCCAGGCAACAUAUAGUCACUGAGGCGUCUUUGAUAACAUAUACAGAUCAGUGUGUAUGGCUCUGGUCUGUCUCUAAUCUGGGUGUGUGAAUAAAAUGAAUAAAUUAACUUGAUGCAGUUGGAGGUCGUAACAAGGAGGUGGAUUAUUAUUUAAUGACAGAAUUUUGACGUGAAAAGGACGUUUUGAUUAAUGUGGUAAUUUUUUACAACCUGAAAUGAUGUUAACCUUUGAUGUAAAUAUUGGCACCAUUUACAUCAUAAUGAAUUAAUAAAUCUAAAUUCAUUCUCUGUUUAACUUAUUCGUUAAUGAAUUAAACAAAAGUUUACAUGACUUUUCAAAGCAUCUGAUUAUCGACAUCCACCUCGUGUCCUGUGCUUGUGUAACUUUAUAUUCUGUUGAUUCGAAGAACAGGAAUCUAAACGUUACUGAAUGUGGCUCAGUAAAGUCUGAGCUAUUGAAACUGAUUACAUCAGAUUACCUACCUUACAUCGAAGGUUACCUGGGACUGUACACUUUGAUUGGAGUAUUUUGUCUUGAACUACUUAAUUUGGGAUAAAGCGGGUAUAAUUAAUAAUUCCAUGAUUUUAAUCACUGAUAUGUGAAUAUUUUAUAAAAGAAAAACUUUGAAUUCUUUGUA